AUGACUGAGCGUCGCGUGCCUUUCUCGCUCCUGCGGAGCCCCAGCUGGGACCCUUUCCGCGACUGGUACCCGGCCCACAGCCGCCUCUUCGACCAGGCCUUCGGGCUGCCCCGGCUGCCCGAGGAGUGGUCUCAGUGGUUCGGCCACAGCAGCUGGCCGGGCUACGUGCGGCCGCUGCUUGGAACCGCUGUGGAGGCCGCCGCGCCCUUGGCCGUGGCCGCGCCUGCCUACAGCCGCGCGCUCAGCCGUCAACUCAGCAGCGGCGUCUCGGAGAUCCGGCAGACGUCCGACCGCUGGCGGGUGUCCCUGGACGUCAACCACUUCGCCCCCGAGGAGCUGACGGUCAAGACCAAGGACGGCGUGGUGGAGAUCACCGGCAAGCAUGAAGAGCGACAGGACGAGCACGGCUACAUCUCUCGGUGCUUCACCCGGAAAUACACGCUGCCCCCGGGUGUGGACCCCACCCUGGUGUCCUCCUCCUUGUCCCCUGAGGGCACACUCACUGUGGAGGCCCCGAUGCCCAAGCCAGCCACCCAGUCUGCUGAGAUUACCAUUCCUGUCACCUUUGAGGCACGUGCCCAGCUUGGGGGCUCAGAAGCUGGGAAGUUGGAGCAGCCUGAAGCCAAGUAA